GGACCUGAUCCACCCCGAUGUGUGGCUCUCGCGACGCGCCCCCGAUCUCCGUCGUCCACACCCUCCUCGACGACGGCGCCAGCGCCAGCGCCACCACCACUAACUACAUCAUCUCCCCUCACUCCCACCGUCGGCUCUUAGUCUUAAACCCUCUCCCCCCCGGUCGCUCCCACUUCCACGGGCUCCGAAACUCCCGCGCCCGCCCGCAUCUCGUCGUCCCACCCGCAUGGCGGCGCCGUCCGCCACCGGCCCCAUGGCCUCCGUCUCCCGGGUCCUCCGCCCGCGGCCCCGCGCCCCUGCCUGCCCGGCUCCCCGUCUAGGGCGCGGGCUGGGAAUCGCGUGCUCGUUGCCAAGUCAUGGGGGCAGGAACGAGAAGUGCGGGUUGGGACUGCCCGUCGCGUCUGCGCUAUCUGCUACUGCCGCUCCGGUUCUGAGGAGCCGCCAAAUUUUAUGCAAGGCUGAAGCUAAUGUAUCCAGUAAUCUUCCGGAGAGCUUGCCUGCCGCAGUUAGCCAGUAUGAAAAAACUGUGGAGGUGGAGAGCCCGCCCGCCGAACUUAGCACGUAUGAAAAAAUUGUCGAGUUGCUUACCACUCUUUUCCCUGUCUGGGUUAUACUAGGCACUAUUAUUGGCAUCUACAAGCCAUCUAUGGUUACCUGGUUGGAGACCGAUCUUUUCACUGUUUUGUUAGGAUUCCUAAUGCUCUCCAUGGGAUUAACAUUGACAUUUGAAGAUUUUAGGAGAUGCUUGAGGAACCCAUGGACAGUUGGUGUGGGAUUUCUUGCACAGUAUUUGAUCAAACCUUUGCUAGGAUUAGCUAUUGCGACGACCUUGAACUUAUCUGCUCCUCUUGCAACUGGUCUUAUUUUGGUCUCAUGUUGCCCUGGUGGACAAGCAUCAAAUGUUGCAACUUACAUAUCAAAGGGGAAUGUUGCGCUUUCAGUUCUUAUGACCACCUGUUCAACUAUUGGUGCUAUUAUAAUGACACCUCUCCUGACUAAACUCCUUGCGGGUCAACUAGUUCCUGUUGAUGCAGCAGGAUUGGCCAUCAGUACUUUCCAGGUUGUUUUAUUGCCGACUGUUCUUGGAGUGUUGGCGCAUGAAUAUUUCCCCAAGUUCACUGAUCGCAUUAUCUCCGUAACGCCUCUGAUUGGCGUCCUCCUCACCACUUUGCUUUGUGCGAGCCCUAUUGGGCAAGUCGCAGAAGUGUUGAAAACUCAAGGCGCUCAACUUAUUAUCCCUGUCGCUCUGCUACAUGCUGCCGCGUUUGCUCUUGGCUACUUUUUAUCCAAACUAUGUACCUUUGGCGAAUCGACUUCUAGGACCGUCGCAAUUGAAUGUGGCAUGCAGAGUUCUGCGCUUGGAUUUUUACUUGCCCAAAAGCACUUCACAAAUCCUCUCGUUGCUGUUCCUUCUGCUGUCAGCGUUGUGUGCAUGGCCCUUGGAGGGAGUGCUCUUGCAGUUUACUGGAGAAACCAAGGGCUUCCCGAAAAUGACAAGGACGACUUCAAGGAGUGAACAAACUUAAACAAGAGAACUUAUAGCUGUUACCUGGUAUUGGGUUUUAGAAUCCGUGGUAGGGGGUUUUUCUUUUCUUUUGACUCAAGUUUUUUUUUCCAACUGCUUAAAAAACUAUUUCUAUCCUAUUGCAGCUGAGUAUUUUGAGUUGAACUGAAAUGCCAAACGAGCCCUAAUUGUCAUAUCUCUCUCAAGUUAUUGGUUUAAAAAGUAUCUUUUAUGUUACGUGAUUAUCUUUCAAAUUA